AUGGAGGACCGAAGUGGUACGGUGUUGGCUAUAGCCAUCACAUUCAUGAUCUUAGCAUGGGUCACUGUUGGACUUCGGUGCUAUGUCAGAAUCUUCAUGGUCAAAGGUUUCGGCAUCGACGACUAUUGCAUGGUCGUCACACUAUGCUGCUUCACAGGAUAUCUGGCGUCCCAAAUUGGCGGCGCGGUCCAUGGCACAGGCGUACGCCGUGAAAAACUCUCCGAUGAAAGCGCGCAAACGGCCCUUCACUUCUGGUUCUUCUGCGAGGUAUUCUACACAGUAUCGACAUGUAUGCUCAAGAUCGCCGUCGGGUUUUUCUUGCUGCGGAUCACCGUUUCCCCAACGCAUAUCUGGAUCAUCCGAUUGAUCAUGGUCGUCUCUGCAAUCGUUGGAGUUGCAUACACGUCGGUGGUUAUCUUCCAGUGCAAACCGGUCUCCUUUUGGUGGGACCUGGACCCCACUCACAAGGGAACUUGCCUGUCAUCGACCCUGGUCAUGAACUUUACGUUUGUCGUCUCUGGACUCAAUGCGUUUGCGGACUGGGUAUUCGCGAUGCUCCCUGUUCUCAUUGUCAAGGAUCUGCACAUGAAGAAACGCAUGAAAGUCGUGGUCGCUGGAGUUAUUGCUCUUGCCGCAAUUGGCUCGACAGCAACGAUCAUCCGCCUUCCUUACACGACCACAAUGAAGGGAUACAAAGGCGACUUCCUCUACCGAACAACAGACUUUGCGAUUUGGAGCACGGUAGAAGUAGGAUUGGGCAUAACAGCUGGCUCUAUUGCGACUCUGAGGCCGCUCAUGAAGCAGGCUCUUGAGAUCACUCGCUCCGCCUCAGCCCUACCAUGGAGUAAACCAUCGUUGAAUUCAGGACCGAUUCAGUCGGGACAACAACUCAGCAACCUCAAACAAACGAUCAAGAAGUCGACCACAAUCACGACUUCUAGAGCUCGAAGAGAGAGCGCCGACUCCGACGAGGAAAGGUUCUUGAGUGGCAGAAGUCUACCAUCUGAAUCAUGGCAACAACAAUCAGGAUUGCCUGGUUAUGUUACAUCUACAGUCCUGGAUGAACGUGGGCAGCGACAAACAACGGAAAAGAGCCGUAAACACAUAGCGGACCUGGAAAGGAGAGGUAGCCCCGGUGCGGCCAGCGACGCUACUAUUGACAGCAAGUCAACAGGAAAGGCGGCAAAGGUACACGAGCGCUUCUAG